UUGACAUUUUCGUUUCCUGACUGUCUACUCUGUCGUGUUGUUGACAAAAAACGAAACAAAUAUCGCUUUUUACCGGGCAAGAUGGGUGCGUCGUUGGAUACCCCGUCCUGCGAGCCCCCGGUGUGUUCUUUAUGCCACGGUAUUUGUCGGAAUCCGCCCGCGCUGAGAUGCAAACAUUUUUUCUGCUAUUGCUGCAUACAGGAGUUAUGGAGCGGUUCGCCCACCGGUCCCUACUACUGUCCCGAGUGCAAGGAGGAGUACAAGACAUUACCGUUUGGGUUUAAGAGAGACACAACCGCAAGGCCGUGGCGAGAUGAAGCGCCUGCACAUACACGCACCACCGCAGCCACAGGCAGAGCCAAUGAAGUGGAAGUCAUUGAGAUCAAUCCAUUGGGCUGGACCCUUGGGAAGAGAACCUCCAUAUCUCUAUCCAAGCGUCUGUUGGGGAAGAGACCUGCCAGUUCACCUGUCCCAGGUGGCCAUCGUCACGACAACAAGAGACAAGCCACUGGCAGCUCCUCUUCCUCCCACUCCAAGGGACAGGCAGGUGACAGUAAAAUACCCACCACUUCCUCUUCCUCCUCUUCAGCCAAUCAGAACACGUCGUCUGACGUUGAGUUGUCCAGUGAGGAGGAGGCGCCAGCAGCACCGUUCUCCUUAGCAACCAAACCGUCUAGUAAAAAGUCUGCCACUGCCAGAGGUCCGGACCUGACAUGUGAUAGGUCUAGGUCCCCUAGGAGAGACCCACCCAUUGAGCUGGACGAACCCCCUGCUACAACAGAACCUCUUACAAGAGAACCCCUGAAUGACCCUAGAAAAUCACCUGAACCAGCAGCAGCAGGUAGCAUCAACAACACAUCGCCAAGAAGAAUCACCGUCAUUGAACUGGACCCACCGCCACCCCCUGUGAGAGAACCCCACACACCCGCCAAGAAAUCUGCUGAAACUACCCAAACAACCCGUUUACAUUUAGUCACCCCUACAAAGGAGAAGCCUGUUGAAGCUGAGAGGGAGACACUUCCAGAGAUCCACAACAGAUCCCCUGGUCUAAUCAGCACCUCCACCUCUCCUACCCGUGCUGCCAACAACCUGUCCCCUGGACGUACCAAUCUGUCCCCUGGACGUACUAACCUGUCCCCCAGCCUGGCUCGCCAGACCUCCAGCCAGACCUCUAGGGAGACCCUCCUGCCCUGCCACUACUGCCCCAGCCAGGGCUCUCUCCCUGCGGUGAAGACCUGCCUGGUGUGUGGGGCCUCCAUGUGCUCCGACCACCUCCGCCCCCACCUGGAGUCCCCUGUCUUCCAGAGCCACACCCUGGUACCCGCCGUGGAGGACAUCUCACCCUGGAGGUGCCCGGAACACCAGGAGAUGAACCGGAUCUACUGCCAGCAGUGUAGCGUGUGUGUCUGCACCGUUUGUACCGUGAUCGGGUCGCACCGGGAGCACGCCUGCGUCAGCAUCAGAGAGGCCGAGAGGGAGCUGAGGGGGAAUCUGAAACAGGAGAUGAAGAAGAUGCAGGAAACAGAACAGUCAUUAAUGAGCAGAGUGACUGAGAUUACAGAGAAGAAACUGAGAUUCCAGAUGUUGCUGGGAGAGGCGCGUGCCGGGGUGCAGCAGCGGUACGGGGCCAUGAAGGAGGCCUUGCAGCAGGAGGAGACCACGGCCCUGCUGUGUGUGACUCGGGAGGAGAGCAGAGCAGUGGGGGGGCUGGAGGAACAGCUGACCCAGCUCCAGGAGACCCUCUCCUCCCUCCAAAGGGGUCUUCAUACUCUGGAGGGGCUGGCCGACACCCGGGGGGCUGCACGCGUACAGGAGCAGUCCUUCAUCGUGGAGUACAGUAAGAUAACCAAAAGUGUGUCUGAGAGCUGUUCUGUGGAGGAGCUGGAGGCUCCAGAGGAGGUGGACAAGGCCAGGCUGGGAUGCCUACAGGAGUGGACAUCGAGGCGGCUGAACUCCGUGGUCAUCUCCCUGCCUGACCGGGACCCCUUCAGGCUGCUCUAUGGUACCAGCCCCCGUCUGGACCCGGACACUGCCCACCCCAAGCUGCUCCUCUCUGAGGAGAACAGGAAGGUGUCUUACAGCGAGGUCCAGCAGGCCUACCCAGAGCAGGGGGCUCGCUUUAGCUCCUUCCCCCAGGUCUUGGCCUCUAAACCCUUGGAGGAAGGCCGUGCGUACUGGGAGGUGGAGGUGGAGAAGGACGAGGGCAAAUGGAAGGUGGGAGUCUGCGAGGGUCAGAUCGGCCGUAAGGGCCAGAAAGACACCUGCCGUAUCGGGUUCAACCCCUAUUCUUGGUGCCUGCUGAGUGAGAGGGGGCAGAUUGAAGCCCUGCACGACAAGGUGGCUGUCCCUGUGGAGGUCGAUGGGCUGGAGAGGGUAGGGGUGUUGCUGGAUUUCGAGGAGGGUAGCCUGUCGUUCUAUAAAGUGGCACAAGGGGACGCUCUGAGCUUGCUCCAUUGUUUUAAACAGAGGUUCAGUGAACCACUGUAUCCUGCUCUAGCUGUGUCCAAAACACAACUCACCAUCACUGAUCUGUUCCACUGUUGAGUCAGACUAGUUGCAAGGACACUUCAGUUCUGCAUAAAUCUUAAAGGGGCAAUCUGGGAUUCAUACGACAACAAGCGGUCAACCCGACACUUUUUUUUGUAAACAGCUGAUGAGUGGGGCUGGAGAAACGAAUAGUUCCAUACAGGCUCCGUAGAAUAAUGCACAGUGGGAACGUUCAGUUCUACAUAGAUCAUAACGUUUUAAUAAUAACAUUUUCGUGUAAGCAAAAAAAAAUAAUGUUUUUUAUAAAUGUCAAUCAAACAGAGGAUCACAAAGAGAAAUCUCAAUGCAGAGAUAAUCUUAAAGAUUUUUAUGUAUCAUUGUUUUAAAAUGUGAUGUAAUGAGAAACAUAAAUACACUGAUGGACAAACAUUAGGAACACCUGCUCUUUCCAUGACAUAGACUGACAAGGUGAAUACAGGUGAAAGUUAUGAUCCAUU